AUGAAGUUGGAUACACGGGCAAUGCGCCAUUUGGCGUCCGAGGACUGGCGGGUUCUCACGGCGGUCGAGUUGGGAUCCAAGAAUCACGAAAUCGUUCCCACGCCGCUGAUCGAAAAGCUUUCCCGACUUCGAGGCGGAGUUAGCGGCGUCCACAGGUCUAUAUCGGCCCUCGCAAAGGUCGGCCUUAUCGCCAGGGUCAAAGAGGCAAAGUACGAUGGGUAUCGACUUACCUACGGCGGGCUCGACUAUCUCGCGCUGCAUACCUAUUCUUCUCGCAAAACUGUGUACAGUGUUGGAAGCCGGAUCGGCGUGGGCAAAGAGAGUGAUAUCAUGGUUGUCGCGGACCACACGGGAACACAGCAAGUGUUGAAGAUCCACCGACUGGGCAGGAUAUCGUUUCGGACCGUCAAAUCGAACCGAGACUACCUCAAGAACCGCGCUUCGGGCUCCUGGAUGUACCUGUCAAAGCUGGCUGCCAUGAAGGAAUUUGCAUUCAUGAAAGCCUUGUACGACGAGGGGUUUCCGGUUCCAGUGCCUCUUGCGCAAUCCCGCCACACCAUCGUCAUGACCUUGAUCGAUGCUUUCCCUCUUCGACAAAUAUCCGCAAUCCCGGAUCCUGCAUCGCUAUACGGCGAUCUUAUUGCCCUAAUCCUCCGACUUGCCAGCCACGGGCUGAUCCAUGGUGAUUUCAACGAGUUCAACAUCCUCAUCAAGGAAGAAACGAUUGUCGAGGACGGCAAGGAUUCGAUGAAGCUAUCGCCUGUCGUCAUCGAUUUCCCUCAAAUGGUGUCGAUGGAACACCAAAAUGCCGAAAUGUACUUUGACAGAGAUGUUGAAUGCAUCAAACGUUUCUUCAACCGUCGAUUUCAUUUCACCAGUACACAGCAUGGACCCUUCUUCAAGGACGCUAAAAAGAGCAUGGUGAAGGGCGGUCUAACAAGAUUAGAUGCAUCCGUUGAAGCCUCUGGAUUCACGAAGAAAAUGCUCAAGGACCUGGAGGCCGCGAUCAAGGAGAAGGCUGCGAAGCUUGAGGAGGCUGGAAGGGCUACGGACGAGAGCGAUGACGAUGAGUUGGACGACGAGGACGACGAAGACGAAGGGGACGACGAGGGUAACGUCGAUGAACACGGCCACGUUGUGCUUGGAUCUUCAGCGGAUGAGACAGGCGAGGGUUCAGGGGAAGGAAACGAAUCCAGUGGAAAGAACAGCAACGACACGGCAGCUAUCGCGAACGAAGCUCUCUCACAAGAUGUGUCCGCGUUAGCCAUUUAG